AUGAGCGUGGCGGAGCUGCAGCCACGUUCGCUGGUGGCAGUGAACGAUGGUGCCGAGGACGUGGUGGAGGCGGAGUUGGUUGCUUACGAGGGACAUCACACGCACCUUGUCGAGGGCGAUUUCUUUCCCGCCGAGGCGCCGGAGGUCGAGGCCGAUGGGACGGCCGCUGCUGUAGCUGAGAAUGGCGGCCCGCUCGUCGACAACAUUGCCGCCGCCUCGGCGCCGGUCCCGCCAAAGCCGGCCGGGGCACCGCCCCGCAGGCGGGUUUGUUGGGCCGAUGAGGGCCACCCAGACACCGCCCGCGGCCUGGUGAGGCACAUCACGAAGUUCCACACGCCCCCGCGCGGCCCCCACUACGACGCUGCAGGCCCAGCCAACCCCACGCGCCCGACCCGCGUAACAGCCGCCAACCCGACCCCGCCCCCGUUCCGGGAGAAGGCGAACGCGGACACCACCACGUACAAGUUCUGCAAGGCGCUACGGCCAGCGCCAAAGUACGCGGAGUGGAGGUGGCAGCAGCACGAGUACGGCGUCACGCCAUUUGAGCUUCAACCGGCGGAGGCCGGGCAGCCGAAUGGCGCCGCAAGGACUCUCUUCGGGGAGCUCUUCCAGCGCAGUGUCGUCGCGCGCGCGGCUGAGGGGCAGGCGCGGGUACGCAACGGGGUGCACAAGAGGCCCGGCUGCGGCGUCCAGCAGCCGUUUGUGCGCACUGGGGCGGUGUUCGAUGCGCCUCUCCGCAUCCCGUGGUGA